AUGUCCAAAAGCUGUUCACUAGCUCUGGCUAGUCUUGACGCCAUCUCGAAGCAGCCAGUCGAGCCUUCAACUCAACCGGUUGUUGGGAUCGUCGAACGUGGAAGUGACCUCAUCGACGCGAGCGCGGAGAAUGGGCAUACUCCUGCAGGACGGCUUGAGUCGUUGCUCGAGGCUGGCCGACUCGAUUGGAUGCGCCAGACUCUGAUUUGCACGCAAGCUGUACUGGAACAGGCUUUGGAGCGCAUGAUGACAGUAAGUCGCAUUCGAGGUUCGCAGCCACCUUCUCUCUUUUCUCUUCCCUUUCACUCGUUGCAUCCUUUCACCGCUUUCUUGCAAGGCCGAUGA